CCCCACCUUUUUUUACAGUAAAAUCCAAUAUGGUGGACAUAGUGGGGCCUACGCGGCGGUGGCGGCGAUAUCGUCGGUUCAACUAGAAACGAGCGUUGCUUAACAACAACAACGACGACGAUGAGGGAGCGACAGAAAAAGAAGAAGAAAGGAAGGACGUGGGCGGAAGCCGCAAAGACGGUGCUGGAAAAAUACCCCAACACCCCCAUGAGCCAUAAAGAAAUCUUGCAGGUCAUCCAAAGAGAAAGACUUAAAGAGAUAAGAAGCGGAACGUCCCCGUUGGCCUGUUUGAAUGCAAUGCUGCACACAAACUCUCGCGGAGAGGAGGGCAUCUUCUACAAAGUUCCGGGCAGGAUGGGCGUCUACACCUUGAAGAAGGACAUCUCUGAGGUGGCCACCGAGCUGUCGGAGGAAGAAUCCGAGGAGAGCAGCGAAAAUCUUUCUGACUCACGGAGCUCUGAAAACAAUAGUGGGCCUCAGGAAGGCAGGAGGAGACGCUGGAUGCGGCCAGUUCCCUCCCAGCCGACGUCGCCGCAGCCUCGCUGCUCGUCCCCGUCCGUCGCCGCCAAGCUCAUCUCACCCUCGCAGAAGCACAGCAAGAAAGCCCUCAAACAGGCAUUGAAACAGCAGCAACAGCGUAACCAACGCAGGCAGGCGGCCAUGCCCAGCGCGUCCACAUCCAGGCUGCUGCUGAAGACCAUCAAAGACAUGGCUGACAACAUCGCCGCCAAGACCGAUCUCUGCCUUGCCAGCGGCCCCAGGAAGGUUUCUCAGAGGCCACGUCGUCUCAGUGCAGGCCACCUAAAACGUAACAGGUGCAAAAUUGACGUGGAGACCCCAGACUCCAUUUUGGUCAACACCAACCUGCGAGCCAUCAUCAACAAGCACACCUUCUCCGUCCUGCCGUCGGACUGCCAGCAGAGGCUGCUGCGACUACUUCCCCAAGUGGACCAGCAGCAGGCCUGCACGGAUGGCCUCCUCAAAGUCACGAAUUCGGCGUUGAACAACGAAUUCUUCACGUCGGCUGCGCAGUCGUGGAAAGAACGGCUGGCCGAGGGCGAAUUUACUCCAGAGCUGCAGCUGCGGAUGCGCCAGGAAAUCGAAAAGGAGAAGAGAGUUGAGCACUGGAAAGAAGCCUUCUUUGAGAGCUACUACGGCGAAAAUUCUGGACUCAGUCUUGGGGAAUCUAAAGAGUUGGCCAAAGACAAUCUAAAAUGGGAGCCCAAGCCACGUCAGCCAAGACAGCUGGCCCGAGUGUCGGAGGAGGCCAACGCCACCAAGGACCGCUGCAGCCGGAGCGAUGAGGUCAAAGACUCAAAGACCAUGUCAUCGAUGGAGAAAACACAACCUCCUUCGAGAGAAUCUCUUUAUGUCCCAGAACAGAUGAAAACCAGACGCUCUCAGCAAGCUGAGGAGCGGAAGAUGCCCGCGCCGACCUUGGGAGCAGUACCCAAAGACCGCGAUGAGCGCGUCACCACAAAGACGCCGAGCGAGAAAGAAAACAAAGUGGAACUGCCCCAGUCUCCUCCCAAGCUGAGGCCUCUUCCUCAAGCUCGAAUGGACGUCAUCGAGGAUCCACUGACGUCUGGGGUUAAGCCUCCUGCAGAGACAAAGACUCAGCCGGAAGGCGCUUCAGAACAACAGAAAAGAAAGCCUGUCGGCGUGCUGGAGAAUGAGGCCACGCCGGAAAAAAGACAGCGCAUGUCCUCCAUUUCCUCAGUGUCGUCCGUCUCCUCUGUCUCCCCUCCGGCGUCAUCCACUCCCAGCCCGGCCGCGCCUACUUCGGCCGGCAGCCAGAGAGUUCCGCCACUCAUGAUUCCAGUCUCACGAACUCUUACCAACGACGUGUCGCCGAGGACGCCUCUGCCCGUCUCCAUCAGCAGCCCAACUCGCACCGGCGCUCGCACUUUGGCAGACAUCAAAGCCAAAGCUCAGCUUGCACGAGCGCAACGAGCAGCGGCGGCCGCUGCCUUCAGGGCUGCUCGGCCCGAGUCCGGGCAAGGCGCAGGCAGCGUCGAGCCAACAAAACAUUUCCCGAGGCCAACAUCGCCACAGGCCUCUGCCAGGUUAUCUGUUAACACCACCAGCACACCACCGUCUCGCCCGCAGGACUCCCUCGAUCCAGUCAGCCCCUUAAACAUUCCGGACGUCAUAACAGUCCACGUGCAACCGUCUGGCACUUUUUCAGACUCGGCACCCGGCUGUCAGGAAACCCCUUGUGGAUCCACCCGAAGCAGCUUCUGCAUCCCUGCGAACAACCCGCUGGUCGCCAGGCUCUUGCAAGGCAAAGAAGUCCCUUUGGAGCAGAUCCUCCCCAAACCACUCGGCAAGGUGGAGACCCAGAUGUCAAAUUUACACUCCGGCAAGGAGAAGACCAUUGGCGGUCCCGAACAACACCAGAGCAACACCGCCGGCUGGGCCUUCGCCAAUGACACCAGGUAUCCCAAGGAACCUCUGGACAAAGACACUCAGGAGCAGAUCCUACAGACUCUGAUGGAGAGGAGAAUUCAACACGGUGGACAUCAAGCGCUGCACGGCGAAGAACACGUGGACCGACCGCGGAUAUCCGUUGGAUUCUUGGGCCACAAGAGGACGUCGAGGCCCGCCAUGUCAGGACACUAUCUCCUCAACGUGUCCACGUACAGCCGAGGUUCAGAGAGCAAACGGCCCCACCGAGCCGCCUUCCUCGAUGUGGCCGGUCUGAAGAGAGAAGCGGCGGAUGGACAGGAGGCGGCGCCAGAGGGGACAUGUGAAUCUAAAAUGGAGCUGCGGGGAUUGUCCGUGAGCAAGCGCGAGCAAGCCGACAGCCUUCUGCCUUGUACGGCCAUUAAAAGCGAGCCGGGAUGUGAGCAAAAUGCGACAGACGACAAGAUCCCAGGCCACAAGCAAGUCUGCAAUCAAGGAAAAGCUGAGCCAUACCUUCCACUCAAAGAGCCCAGUCACCAACGACCGUCUGCCUUCCCGACCCCGAGGAUGCCCAUCCAUCAGGAAUCGCUGUCGUCCCGCUACGGCGGAACCAUCAGUGUGUCUGUACCGCACACUUUGAACCACAACGCUGGCGGCGGCGAGACGGCGCCGGACGGCGGGAGCGUCAUGUCCUUCUCGGUGACUGUCACCACCAUCCCUGCAGCCGCCAGCGCCUUGGACUCCGGUGAGCUCAGCGGGCCGGCGCCGCCGGAGCCAUCCUUCAUGGAGGCCGCCGGCAUGGAGGACACACAGUCCAAGUGCUACUGUCGGCUGAAGGCCAUGAUCAUGUGCAAAGGCUGCGGGGCCUUCUGCCACCACGACUGCAUCGGACCAUCCGAGCUGUGCGUCUCGUGUCUGGUGGUACGAUGACGCUCGGAUCGGGGCGCUUGCCGUGAGGUUUACACUGGACGAGGGGUUAGCACACCGGAGGUUCAGGCUCAAAAUCUCUAUCCUGCUCCUUCCCUGGGUGGUGCUUGCUUGUUUCCCCGUGGUUGUGCGAGUUUUUGCUAGUUGCUUUGGAUUCCUCCCACAUUCCAAAAACCCGCCUUAGCUUCAUUGAAGACUCUAAAUUACAGGUGUUCAACUCCGGUCCUCGAGGGCUACUUUUUCAGGGACUCAAGCCGCUCUGCUCCACAAAAUGAAAAUGCUUUGACUUAUGUGCACCCCUGCUUACAGUUGGCGUGGGGAUGGCGCCAUAGCACUAUUUCGCUAAUAGACCUCUCACCUCAACCUAGUUCCUCAGCACCAACUUACUGCCAGAUGAUGCCCAUGCACUAUUUUUCUAUUUGACAGGGCUUUUUGAGGAGAGUUUUUCCAGCGACUUGCUAAAGAUACGUACGUUCCCCUGAAUUGACAAAUGGCGACUUGCAAGCCGACUUUUGGGUGGAGCUUCAGGAUGAAGCGAAAAUGCACUACAAGCGUAACAGGGUAACCUCAUUUGUUCUUCCCCAAACUUUUGAAUCCUCAACUUUAACGUUUUAAGUACACCCUGAACUUUCACCCUGAAGUCGAAUAUGUGAGUAAGACUGGCUGGUAAAGCAAUCCAUUGCGCAUGUCGCCAGAGUCAGCCGGGAAAGGUUCCAGCUCCUUUCGAAAACGGAUGACGGAAUAGUCAUCGUCCUAAACCGUUUUUAAAAUAUCCAUUCUUAAUCUAAUCGGUAGUCAGGUCGGAUCCAAUCUGACAAUGUUUGCACUUAGCGUUAGCGUGAUAUAUAUUUUUAAAAUAGAGAUUUAUGAAAACCAUUUUUUAAGCGGGUAAAUUGAGGGGCGGGGACGAUUAUUUUUUAUAGAACCUCAAGACUGUUUUAGCGUUUUCAACACUUUUUAUUUUACUAUCGGGCCUAUGUCAGUUUAAAGGCAAAAAAGGGCGUUGACGAUAAUCACGGUGUAUAAAAUACCUCCUUGUUGGUGUUUGUCCUGCGCAUACACCGAGGAAAAGUGCAACUGUUUUGUAUUGACACGGGAGACUCGCCAAGAUUCAUAUAUAGAUUUUUAAAAGCAUUUUUUUUCUAUUCAUUUUAUUCAAAUAAAUUAUGACUGCACAAACAAAUCCCAAUUAAAAAGUAGCACGAGCAUUUCGCAAUUAAAACUCACUGAGGGCUCAUUUAUAUAGAAAGACCGUCCGAUUCCCUCCUUUUUUUCUGUAAAUAUUUAAGGCCAUGGCCUGGAUGUAAAUGUUUUCUUUCAAAUCAGCAGCCGUUGUGUUUAAUUUGGCACUGCGCGAUUUAUUUGUGGUGCGAUUAUGGAAACACGCGCGAUAAAGCACUUGGCUUUGAAACACGCACGCAACAUUUCCUGCAGGUGCAAUAGCAAAAACGCCAAAGUCACCUUAAAAAGAAACUAAUUAUAUCCAAGUUUGAAAUGUCUUGUAAAACAAAGUAAUAUAUUUUAAAUAAUAUAUUUUAAUAUAAAAAUAUAUUUGCGUUUGAAAAUCAACAGGGUAUGUACUUUUUUUUUUUCUCCCUCCAUUUUUGGGUCUUUUUUUGUGGGGACCUGACAGGCCACCAUAGCUUUUUGAGGUCUUAAGCACCCAGAUAUAUACGUGACAUGUGUUUUAUGUGUUUUAGAUAUGUCUACAUUUGUGUGGAUAGGCGAGAAUUUUUCAUGUAUCCGUUAAAAUCGGGAGCUCUAAGUACGAGAGGCACGUUUAGUCAUUUCAUGUUGUUGGAUUCAUGACAAGCCCUCCUGAAAUAUUGAAAAAUAAUCGGAAAACAAAUUAUGUGACCGUACUGCAUUUGUUUUUGGGGGAUUUGGAAUUUCGAGGUACAAAAAUCUUAAUAAAUUUAACCCCCAAAUACAAAAUAAUAAUAAUAAAGAAUUCCCUUGAUAGGAAAAAGGUCAAUGUCUACCAUUGUAAGACUCAAAUGUCAUUUUGUUGUCCGUUCUAAUCAGGUGAAUGUAAUGUUAUCAGCCCGAUUGUGUAAAAAAACAAGUGUAUUUUAUCAAAAGCUUUAGACUAUUAUGAAUAAAAUAUAUAUAU